GGGAGCACACUAAGUUAGUUCAUUAAUGUCACUGAGGCUAACAUAUUAAUACUACAUGCAAAAUAUUGAAGCUAUCUGAACUGAAGCAAUCACAUUAGGCUUAACGACUACAUUUCCCAAGAUGCUAAGUUGGUAAAGACAGCCCGGAAAUGACGACAGCAAUAAUGGCACUAGCACCAUUUUUAAACAACACACGACAUGUUUACAAUAAGAAGAUUGGCUUUUGCAUGUUUCUUUCUUUCUGUUACAGUUUCACAUAAGACAAAAUGUGACAUUAGGAAGCCGUUUCUCCUGUAAGCGAUUUUAGGUUUGUUGGAGUACAUCAUGGAGACAACGCCGAUAAAACAGACAAUUCAUGAAACUAACGUUACACCGAAUACAACACGGUCUUUAUCAAGUAGCUCAAGUAAAUCUGAGCCCAUGAGUGCCUCACUGAAGGCAAGGUUAAAACGAACACGGCGCACAUUCACAUCCCCGAUCAGUGUUGUGAAACGCCUUAAAAUUGAGGAUGACAUCCAACCACAGACUUCACAACCCGAAGACACUUACCACAAUGUGACUGACGACAGAGAGAAUGAGACAGAUAUUAAUCAAAAUGAUAUGAGGGAGCAAAGAGACUGCGAACAUAACACAGAACAUGACUUGAUUCAGCAAUGUGAAGAACUAAAGAAACAAGUAAAACAGAAAUCAGAAACCUUGCGAAGAUUAAAGAUGGUCAAAAUGUAUAGAAAAAAGAAUGACUUGACCCAGCUGCAGACGCUUAUAGAGAAAUGGAGAAGCUGUGCCCAAUCUGUGCUGUAUGAAUUACAGAAUGAACUGACCACAGAAGGACAAAAACUUAGCCUUUCCCAGCUCAUAGACAAUUUGGGGUUAGAUGACAAAAUACUGCACUUUGAUAGGACAGAAGAGGACUUUACGGGCACUUGACAUUUAUUGCAUACAAUUCUUCAUCUUUGUUUAAACCGGUUGUAACAACCCUCAGCUGAAUAACAUUUGGAUAGUGAAACUGUUCAGAUCAUAAAUGUGCAAAUGUUUUUGUAAUUUAUUGAAUAUUUCUUGUUGUCAAAUGUUAAUUUAACCAAAUCAUUUUAUGUUUAAACCUAAAUCUGUAGUAAUAAACUUC